GCGGCCAUGGCGCUGUGGACCGGGCUGGGUCAGGCGGCGACGGUGGCGCAGCUGGUCGGCGCAGACGUCGGUGGGCUCAUGUCCAUGAUCAUGCAGGCUGCGCUGACGGCUCGGCAGAACAGAAGGGAGUGCGAGCAGGUGGCACGCCGGGUCCUCAUGAUAGCGGAGCUGCUGCCGUACUUGGAGGCGUAUCCGGAGGCGGUCCGGCCGCUGGCUGGGCUGGGCGACACGCUCCAGGAGGCGCACGAGCUCGUCAUCUCCUGCCAGGGGAGGAGCCUGGCGUACCAAUUCGCCAUAGCCGGAAGGCAGGCCGACAGAUUCAGGGACGUUCAGAGCAGGAUCGACUCCUACCUCAUCCUCUUCCCCAUGAUCAGCCACAUCGGCAUAACACGCCGCCUCGACCGAAUCUACAACAUCCUCGUUCCAGAUAGCGCCACAAGCUCAUCCAGUUCACCCCAGGUGCAGGAGCCUGCAGAGGUCGGUCAAGAGGUUCUACCGCAUGGAACCGAAGAGUUCACGUUGGCAGAGAUCGCGAGGGCCACCAAUAACUUCGACCCUGGCAAUAAGAUCGGUUUUGGCGGCUUUGGAACGGCGGUGUACAGGGGCAAACUUCCCGACGAGCGGAAGGUGGCCAUCAAGUGCGUCCGGUACCGGAAUGACACUCUCGAGGACGAGUUCAGCACCGAGUUGGCCAUCCUCUCCCGGCUCCGGCACAAGAACAUCAUCCACCUCACUGGGUGGUGCAAGGACAAGCGCUGGAUCCGCGGCCGGAGAAUGGAGCUGGACCAGUUAUUGGUCUACGAGUACAUGGAGAACGGCGAGCUCCACGACCACCUGCACCGCCGGUCCUCGUCGUCCCCCUUGACGGUGUCCUGGAAGAUGCGCAUCGAUGUGCUCCUGGGCGUGUCGCGCGCCAUCGAGCACUUGCACUGCCACGCCAUGCCGCGGGUCAUUCACCGCGACAUCAAGUCGUCCAACAUCCUUCUUGACUCCAGCUGGGUUCCGCGCCUGUCCGACUUCGGUCUGUCGGUCGCCUGGGAAACGAGGAACGAGGAUGACACACACGCCGUCGUAGGCACGUUCGGGUACCUCGAUCCGGAAUACUUCCAAACAGGCCGUCUGAAACCGGCAAGCGACGUUUACAGCUUGGGCGUGUUGAUGCUCGAGGUUCUAACAGGGAACCAGGCAAUGGUGAAGCCACAGCUUGACAUGGUUUGCUUCGCUCUGCCCAUCAUUGAGUCCGGCGAUCUUGGGGAGCUGUUGGACAAGCGCCCAGCACCGGAGCCAACGCCGCGGCAGCUCCAGGCGCUGGAGUACGUGGCACAGACGGCAGCACGCUGCGUGCAGAUGGAGGGGAAGGACCGACCGGCCAUAUCAGAGGUUGCCGCCAGCCUCGAGACGGCGCUCGAGCUCAUGUGCAGCCAUGAUAGUUCGGUCGAUGCAGUGUUGAGCACCCAGCCCAGGAUGUGGGAUAUCUUCGGUCGUUACAGAAAAAUACCCGGGGAAGUGUAGGGGUGCUAUCGGAUAGAGUUCACUGAACCAAGAUUGAACCCCCAAAAGUUAACCGGCCAGGAUCUACAUGGCGCGCAGAAGGAAUUAGUGAAGUAAUUUCGGUGACUGUUUUGGUAUACCAGUGGAAGAAGGAUACGUGUGAGUGUGA